AUGACCCCUAAAAGAGAUAAUAUAUUAUGUCCUUUUGUUUUCAUGGAAGCUGGUGAACCAACAGUUGGAGUUGAUCCUUUACGAGUGUGGCAACUUUCAAAUAACACUUAUGGAUACAGAUCUGAUGAAGUACCACCGAUAUAUCCACAAGGAAACUUCUGUGGUCAGUUUGGUGAAGGGCCAGCAAGUAUUAACUUCCCAUUUCAAGCCAUUUCCUUUGAUGCGACACAGUCGUCUUUUAUUGACGUUGAGCUUAAUAACUCGGAUAUCAGUGAGGACUGGUCGUUGACACUUCAUUUGUAUCCUAGACAUCAUAGCGGUAAUAUUGGUAUAUUCAGCUAUUCGUCAACAAGCGAUCAAGGUGUGACAGACAUGAAACUAAUUUUGCAUAAUGGGAUGCCAAGAUUUAUGAUGAGUUAUAACGACAUCGUCUGUGGUACUGCCAAAUCCCCGGCACAAUUACCUUUAAAUACUUGGUCGUUUUUAAGCUUGCACAGACGCUACGGGCAACUGGUAAUUUCAGUGAACACGACUCGCACUCAGGGUAGCGAUGACUGUCAAUAUGGUUUGCAUGGUCCACCAAAUGGAAUAUUGAAAAUUGCUGCUAUUCAAGGUUCUACAUAUAUUUCCAAUUUUGAUGGAAUGAUGGAGUGUUUUAUUGUGUAUAAUGAAUUUGUUCAAACUGUGGAGGUGACAAGAGGCGAAACAGCAUGUAGUUCAAGUUCAAUUCAACAGCCGGACACAGAAAGUUUUCACUCAUGUGGACAAACAGGUACAUCAGCAACACCAAGGCAUUAUAUUCUGGACCAUAUCAACUAUUCACCAGAUCUCUCCACCUCUAGUCACAAUAUUACAGCACGCUCGAUAACAGAAUGUGCCAAAUUCUGUUCAUGUUCCAUCAGCUGCAGUUCAUUCUCACUCAAGAAAGGAACUAUCGGACAUAGCUGCUUCUUAUUCGACUUUAUAGCAGAUGGCAUGGCACUAUCAGGAAUUCCCGACUUUCGAUACUAUAUCCCCCGAUAUCUAAUAUAA